UUAAACAUCAGGAAACUGUUUGAUCUCUUCAUUUCAGAGAAAACGAAACCUGAGUAUAUGUAAGUCGUUGUAUUUAUCUCUCUGUCUUAUUGUAUGUGGAGUGAAAUGGCAGAAGCUAAAAUUUCAGUGGCUGAGGAUCAGUUUAUUUGUUCAGUCUGUCUGGAUAUACUGAAGGAUCCAGUGACCAUUCCCUGUGGACACAGUUACUGUAUGAGCUGCAUUACAGACUGCUGGAAUAAAGAAGAUCAGUGGAGAGUUUACAGCUGCCCUCAGUGCAGAAAGACCUUCAGUCCAAGACCUGCUUUAAACAUGAAUGUGGUGUUUGCUGAAAUGGUGGAGAAACUGAAAAAGAAAAAAGUCCAGAUGGCUCAGUCUCUGAGUUACGCUGAACCUGGAGAUGUGGAGUGUGAUGUUUGUACUGGAAGGAAACGUAAAGCUGUAAAGUCCUGUCUGAUGUGUCUGGAAUCAUACUGUCAAUCACAUUUUGAGUGUCAUGAGGAAUCUCAUUCAAGUAAGCGGCAUAAACUAACUGAUGCUGGACGAAUCCAUGAAAUGAUCUGCUCUAAACAUGACCGGCUGCAGGAGGUUUUUUGUCGAACUGACCAGCGAUGUGUUUGUUUGAUGUGUAUGAUGGAUGAACACAAAAAUCACGAUACUGUUUCUGUUGAAACAGAGUGGACUGAGAAACUGAAUCAGGUUCGAGAGUUACAAGAAAAAUGCCAGCAGAGAAUCCAAGAGAGACAGGAGAAACUUCAAGAGCUCAAAGAGGCUAUUAAGACUCACAAGCGCUCUGCACAGGCGGCAUUGAAGGACAGUGAGAGGAUCUUUACUGAAUUGAUUCGUUCCAUUAGGACAAGCCGCACUGAGGUGAUACAGAUGAUCAGAAAUCAAGAACAGGCUGAAGUGAGUCGAGCUGAAGGACACUUGAAGCAACUGGAGCAGGAGAUUGGUGCUCUGAGAAGGAGAGGUGCUGAGCUGGAGCAGCUUUUACACAUAGACGAUCACAUCCAUUUCCUACAGAUAUUCCAGUCUCUCUCUGAUCCUCUGGAACCUACAAGCAUUCUCACAAUUCAGUCCGUCAGUUCUGUCCUCCCUUAUGAUGAUGUGAGAAAAUCUGUCUCUCACUUGAAAGAAAUACUGGAGGAGUUUUGUAAAGAGAAAGUAGAUCGGUUAUCUGGUCAAGUAACAUACAUCAACAUUAUUUCCAAUAAUGAACCCAGGACUAGGGAGGAAUUCCUACAAUAUUCCCGUCAGCUCACUCUGGAUCCAAACACUUCGCAUAAACAGCUUCAUCUGUCUGAGGACCAAAAAGUGGUUACAUACACUCACACAGAGCAGCAGUAUCCUGAUCAUCCAGACAGAUUUGAUGUUUGGCCUCAGGUGUUGUGCAGAGAAAGAGUGUGUGGACGGUGUUACUGGGAGGUGGAGUGGAGUGCCGGUGCGGGAAUAUCAGUGUCAUACAAGAGCAUCUGCAGGAAGGGAGAAACUAAAGAUUGUUUAUUUGGAUACAAAAAUGAGUCAUGGAAAUUGCAGUGCUCUCAAUCCAGUCACUUAUUUUUGCACAAUAACAUAAAGAUUAAUCUCCCUAUGUUCCCCAGCACCUGUAGAAUAGGAGUGUAUGUGGAUCACAGAGCAGGAAUUUUGUCCUUCUACAAAGUUGCUAACACAAUGACCCUCAUCCACAGAGUCCAGACCACAUUCACUCAACAGCUCUAUCCAGGGUUUGGAGUUUAUGGAUCAACAGUGAAACUGUGUAAUCUAAGAGAGUAGAUUCUAAGAGAGAAAAAUUUACAACAAAUCCUACACAGUGAGAAUCUAUUUUUUUUUCUUUUUUGUUUUUUUUUUAGUCAUUUUUUGUGUCCAUUAUACAUACACAGCAGUUACUUCUGGUCUUUCCGAGCCAUGUGAUGUUGUUCCAGUAUUGCCACAGGAAUCUUUUUUUUAGAGUUUGUGUCGCUCUGCUUGUGCCAACUAAGCAAGAAUUAUCUACCAUGUUCAUGUUCUGUUCAAUUAAGUAUGGCCUAAUU